CAUUCUUAACCCAGUAGGAGUUAGAUCUCUGGAUUGUAAACAUCCUUUGUGAUACAGGCAUAGUACAUUCCUGAACAUCAAAACAUUUAUCCUCCAAUAUGCAUUCGCGAGUCACAAUCUUCAUAUGCCUUAUUAUUGCAUUUGUGUCAGCUCUGCCCUCAGACUCUGAAUAUCGUAAUAAACGUGAUGUAAUGGACAGCAUGAAGAACGCAUGGGACGAAGUGGUCCGAACCAUCAGCGAUGCGGGCGAUGCCGUUGUCCAUGUUUUUAAACCCACUGAGAAGAGCGUAUUUGGCAAAGUGGCUGACGGAGUUAAAGACUUGACUCAAUAAUGUGUAUAAGUCUAAUUAACCUUGCGGACACGGGACUAGAUUAAAUUGUUUUUAAGUCUUAUUUUCUUAUCUUACGUUCCUAAUAAAGCUAAGUGUAAUUUUA